CUUCGUCUGCUCCGAUGUCUUUAUUUGCGUUUUGCCAUUAAAAAACUAUCACGGCGGAUCAACGAGAGAGAGAAAAAGAGAGAGGCUUUAUUCUUCUUCUUCCUCUCUUCCCCGUUUCGAUAUCUUCUUCAAUACAUCUGCGUAUCUGAUUUGAAAGAUUUAACGGUUCGUAAAAAUGAUGGGUAUUGGUCAAAGAAGCUCUUUUCAAUCUGGGAAGGUUACUGGGUAAUGUUUUGUACAUUGGCUCAGAUUUUAUAAAGUUUGAUCAAAAUGUGGGGCUUUGCGUCGAAUGUCAUUGGAAGUAUGGGGUUAAAGAAGUCCCCUAAAGAUCCAGCUCAAGCAUCCUCUCAAUGCUCUGAUGACGAGGUUUCAAAUGUUAGCAGGGAUGAAGAGGGAUUAGAAUGUCCCAUAUGUUGGGAAUCUUUCAACAUUGUCGAGAAUGUUCCCUAUGUGUUAUGGUGUGGUCAUACUCUUUGUCAGAAUUGUGUCUUUGGGCUCCAAUCUGCUGUUUUGAGACUCUCGAGCCAAGAUAUCAGGAUUCCGUUUUUCGUCUCGUGCCCGUGGUGUCAGUUGCUUUCGUUCAGGAUUGUCUACAAGGGUAAUCUAAAGUUCCCUCGGAAGAAUUUCUUCCUUCUCUGGAUGGUUGAGAGUCUGAAUGGUGACAGGACAAGCCAUGCUUCUUUGGUCAGCGAUAACCAGCAAUCGGUUCCGACUCCUAGGUGUAGCAUGUCUCUGGGGAACCAGAGCAGCAACAACAAUCUGAUUGCAAGACCUUUAUUGCGUAACCAGUCUACAGAACUUUUGCCACAUCAUGACCACAGUAACCAACCAAGCAGACAACACUUCUCUUUUCACAAAUCUCUCGAUUUUUUCAUCUCUUUCACCUCCAAGUUUCCGUUUGUGAUCAUCUUCCUUCUGAUCGUAUUCUUUGCUAUACCUGGUAGCCUCAUAAUUCUUGCCCUUUACUUCCUCCUCACAAUACUUUUCGCAGUUCCAGCUGGUCUGGUACUAUAUUUUGCUUACCCUAUUCUAGAAAGGUUGGUGCAUGAAAUAACAUCAUCAUGAGAUUGGUUCUGAACUCAUGACUCCUAUUAUUGGUUGCUCGGCCCAGUCUGUGUGUUUGUAGUUUCAUUAUGGAACCCUUUUUUAGGACUUGGAGUCUUUGAUGGUCGGAACUCAGAAGAAGUUUUUAUGAUUUGUGGUAAUUUUGCACAUUUUUUAAAAUAUUAUUUAUUACAAGCUUGGGCAUUGUAUUUGUGAUUUUGAACUCUUGGUUUUAGUAUUGUGGUGCAACUGUCUAAAGUUUUGGUUUGCAGAUUUGUGCCAUAAUGGAUCACAUGUGUGUUAUCUCUCU